AUGAGAAGGAUACACAAAAUAUUUGCCAUAUUUCUUUUUUUAAUUGUCUGUUGUUUGAUAAAACCGAGUACGGUUAGGGUACAUUGUGAAAGUAUAAAUGAUGAUGAAGAUGCAUACGCAAGGACAUUAAAAGAAGAAAACUUCAGCGAGGAGUUUAUAGCCCUGUUUGACAACAAGGAUGUGCGUAUAUUGAUAGAAAAAUUAAUUUUAGAAGAACAUGUAAAAUACUACAUUAGCAAUGUGAGGAAAAGUGAUCAGAAUAUAAUUAAAACAAUUGAGAAAGUAUUGGUAAGGGAAUUUCCCUCGACCAUUGGAAUUAAAGGAGAGGCUGUGAAAAAUGAACUAUUGAAAUUUUUAAGCAUUAUAUUUACACAGAAGGAAGAUAUAGUGAAAGAAUUUUUCGAUAAGUUUAAUAAUAACUCUUUUGACAUUGGUGUGAAUUAUCGUCAUUUUGAGAACAAAUUUUGGGGCGAAUAUGAAAAUAUUGAAAAUUUAAAAAAAAGCUAUUUUUCUACUUUUAAUGAAGCAAGUGAAUCGCUGAAUAGCACUAGGGUUAGUGAAGAUAACCAGAGCAGUUUGAAUUUUAUUGACAUUCAGAAUAAAAUACUUUCCAAUGUAGCAUCCCUUAAGGACACCUUGGCAAAUUUAAAAAGCGGAGUGGUUUCUCUGUACAAUAUAAACUAUGGAUUGAAUGAGUUGAAGAAUGAGGUAGAUGUGUAUAUUUCAAAUUUUCGAAAUGAGCAGCAAAGUUCGGAGAGUGCAUGGGUCAGUACAGAUUCUGCAAAUGCCAAGGAUAGGGAUGUGAUGAUGUUGAACUUGGUGGAGGAUGUUGCGUCCAAAUUGAUGUUCAAUUUACGAACAAAAAUUUCCAGCACGAGAGAUGAACUUGAAAAACGUCUGACCACUUUAGAGAAGGAACUAAUGGACAUGUGCAAUGAAAUCACUCAGUUGGGCAGUGAGGAGGAUGUUCUCCGAUUCUCCAUCAUAAAGAACGACAGCUUUCUCAACAUUGAAAGUAUUCGUAGUGAGUAUGAAGAGUAUGUGAAUAAAAAGGAGAGUGGCGAGGAGGUUGUGGAUGACGCCAGUGAUACUAAUGAUACGGACGAGGAGUCUGUGUUCGAGAAAAACCUGAAGCUGUUGGCCAAGCAUUCCAUCUGGUUAAAGGAGCAGGACCCGUCCUCGUACUGCGCGAGGGAUGAUAUAUCGGAGGUUUUGAAAAAUUGCUUUAACCUUGUGGAGAAGCUGAGGGACCAAAUUGUACAAGAGAAUUUCCAUUUACUAAUGAAAUAUGAGAAGCUGUACAAGGUGCUGAAUAAGUUUUUGUACCAAGCGAGAAGCAGCAGCAUGGAGGUGUCGUACCUGAAGGCAUGGAACUCGAUUGAGAAUUUCAAAGGAGCUGAUAUCCUGCUAAACGGAGUUGACAAAUUCCUGCGCAUCGUUACUUUGCUCACACACAUGAUUAAACUUUUUAAAGAAGCGAAUAAAAAUAUGAGCGCUGAUGUAUUUUCUAACCUGAAUAUAUUAAAUGAUGGAUUCAGCAAUGCGGCAGAUAAAGUAACUUUAUUCAAGAUGGAGCUAGGUGAAUUAAUGCACCGUCCCUAUAGCUUACAAGUUAUAAAAAAUAAUAUUGAAAAAUUUGGUCAUGUGUAUAAGGAUAAUAUUGCCAAGAUGGAGGUGAUUACAAAUUCUUAUGAUAUUGCUUCUGAAAACAUGCAUUCCGAGAUUGAUGAAUUUUUAAAAAUUGUGAGUAACAUGAUUCAGGCAGACAAUUUAAUUAGCGAAUUUAAACAGCUUAGGAGCAUGUGGAAGGAACACGUGAAUCAGACGUUGGAUGAACUAGAUGAGAAGAACAUGUUACUGUCUAGUGCGUAUAAAGGAAACAGACAUAUAGUUUUUCCCCCUGAGAUUAACGUUUCUAGAAUGAACUUCUUGCGCAGUGGAGGGAUUAGAAACUCGUUGAAAAAUAUUGUGAACCGUUCUUUUGGCGGUACAGGGGAGUAUAGUGAGGAUUCCAUUAGCAAUAGCACGUUGGAGUCACCGUACUUUUUGAACCUAUACAAAAACGUGAUGAACAAAUUAGACUCGGUGAAAGAGGAGGACGAAAUGAGAAGCAUUUUUUCUGUUAUAUACAGAUCGACGGACAUUAUUGUAGAGAUAAUUAAAGACAAGAGAAGUCAGAUAAACAAAGAGUACAACAAGAAGCGUAACGCCAUUAUCAAUUUGAUUAAUUAUAGAAAUGACUCGAGAGCUGACUUGACCAAUGUUUAUAACAAAUUGAUUGAGCUGGAGGGGGAGUUGGUUAAUAAUUUACGAAUACUGUUUUUAAAUAAAGUGAAUUUAAAUAAACAAGUGGACAAUUCUGUGGAGAUGACCAAGGUGGAGCUCUUCAAGGACAAGUUGCCUCAAUACUGUAUCGUGGUGGAACAGUUCAUUACGAAAUAUUUCCUCACCAUGGCGAGAUGGAAAAAUCUCAUAAGGAACAACAGGAGUUUAUUCCCCCCCGAGUUGAUAUCGAAUGUUGUGGAGUAG